AUGGCUAUAUCAAGAAGCUACUCCGUGCUGCUCUAUGCCUGGGAGGGCUGGCACAAUGCUGUGGGCAUCCCGCUGAAACCCCUGUACCAGAACUUCACUGCCCUCAGCAAUGAGGCCUACAAGCAGGAUGGCUUCCCAGAUACGGGGGCCUACUGGCGCUCCUGGUAUGACUCACCCACCUUCGUGGAGGAUCUGGAACACCUCUACCAUCAAGUAGAGCCCCUCUACCUGAACCUCCAUGCCUAUGUCCGCCGUGCGCUGCACCGCCGAUAUGGGGACAGAUACAUCAACCUCAGGGGACCCAUCCCUGCUCACCUGCUGGGGGACAUGUGGGCCCAGAGCUGGGACAACCUCUAUGAUAUGGUGGUGCCUUUUCCUAACAAGCCCAGUCUCGACGUGACCAGCACUAUGGUGAAGAAGGGCUGGAACAUUACGCACAUGUUCCGAGUGGCAGAGGAAUUCUUCACCUCCCUGGGGCUCUUGCCCAUGCCUCCUGAGUUUUGGACAAGGUCCAUGCUGGAGAAACCUACCGACGGGCGUCAGGUGGUGUGCCACGCCUCUGCCUGGGACUUCUACAACAGGAAAGACUUCAGGAUCAAGCAGUGCACGCGGGUCACUAUGGACCAGCUGUCCACGGUGCACCACGAGAUGGGCCACGUGCAGUACUAUCUGCAGUACAAGGACCAGCCUGUCUCCCUGCGCCAAGGGGCCAACCCUGGCUUCCACGAGGCCAUCGGGGAUGUGCUGGCGCUCUCCGUCUCCACUCCUGAACAUCUGUACAAAAUUGGCCUGCUGGACAAUGUCAGCAAUGACAUGGAAAGUGACAUCAAUUACUUGUUAAAGAUGGCACUGGAAAAAAUUGCCUUCCUGCCCUUUGGCUACUUGGUGGACCAGUGGCGCUGGGGGGUCUUUAGUGGGCGAACCCCCCCUUCCCGCUACAACUUUGACUGGUGGUAUCUUCGAACCAAGUAUCAGGGAAUCUGUGCUCCAAUUGCCCGAAAUGAAACGCACUUUGAUGCCGGAGCUAAGUUUCAUGUCCCAAAUGUAACACCGUACAUCAGGGAGGCGCUGCGGUCAGGCUCCUCACGGCCAUGGCAGGAGGUGCUAAAGGAGGCGAUUGGCUCAGAUACACUGGAUGCUCAACCUCUGCUCAACUACUUCCAGCCAGUCAGCCGGUGGCUGCGGGAGCAGAAUCAGCGCAACGGCGAAGUGCUGGGGUGGCCGGAAUACCAGUGGCGGCCACCAGUACCCCACAAUUACCCACAGGACAUUGGUAAAGCCCUGAUGCAGGGUGGGGCCCCGGGUUCCUGGUUCCUGGUGAGCUGCUCCCAGCUGGGCCCCAGCGCCCUGCCCUAA